ACAUCAAGCAAUCCUUAAUUCACUCAAGCAAUCUACUCCCCAUGGCCAAUUCGCGAGUCCAGAUUGCCAGUCCGGCUUGAGCAAAUUGUUCAGAUUGCAAAACGUCCCUGCGGUCAUCGACCCACUACAGCGGAGGUGACGGUCCGUUACACUCAACUGCAAAUUGUCGGUGGCUAAAGGGACUGGCUUUGUAUAAGAGUGGGUUUGACCCAUACUCCUGAGGAUGAGGCAGCUGCAGACUCGACUACUUUCUUUGACAUUCCCAUACAUUCGCCAUGCUCUUUAGCAAUAUCCUUGCGGCGGCCGCUCUGGUCAGCGCCGCUUUCGCAGCUCCUUCUAACAAGGAGACCCGCGCGAACCGAAAGCUGAAGUGGUUCGGCAUCAACGAGUCGGGUGCCGAGUUCGGCGAGAAGAACCUACCUGGUGUCUACAACAAGGACUACAUCUGGUAUGACACCAAGACGAUCGACCAGUUCAUCGGUCAGGGCGUGAACGUGUUCCGUCUCAACUUCUUGAUGGAGCGCCUCACUCCCAACACCCUGACCGGGUCGUUCGACAAGGCUUACCUUGGCAACCUUACCCAGCAGAUCAACUACAUCACCGGAAAGGGCGCGUAUGCUAUGGUGCAGCCACACAACUACGGCCGCUUCUACGGCAACAUCAUCACCGACACCUCCGGCUUCAAGACGUGGUGGAAGAACGUGGCCGCGCAGUACAAGGACAAUGCGCUCGUCGUCUUCGACACAAACAACGAGUACCACGACAUGGACCAGACGCUUGUAUUCAACCUCAACCAGGCCUCGAUUGACGGUAUCCGCGCUGCCGGCGCCACAAAGCAAUACAUCACCCCCGAGGGCAACUCGUGGACCGGUGCCUGGACCUGGAUCUCCUCCGGCAACGGCGCAUCCCUCGUCAACCUCAAAGACCCGCAGAACAAGCUCAUCUACCAGAUGCACCAGUACCUCGACACUGACGGCUCUGGCACCAGCACCGACUGCGUCUCGUCCACCAUCUUCAAGGAGCGUCUCCAGGCCGCAACCAAGUGGCUCAAGGACAACAAGAAGCAGGGCUUCCUCGGCGAGUUCGCUGCUGGCAACAACGCGCAGUGCAUCUCAGCGCUCCAGGAUGGCCUUGCGUAUCUCGGACAGAACAGCGAUGUCUGGUACGGCGCGGCGUGGUGGGCGGCUGGGCCGUGGUGGGGUGACUACAUCUACAACAUGGAGCCCACCACUGGUGUUGCGUGGAUCAACAUCCUGCCCAAGAUCAAGUCGUACUUCAUCUCGUAG